CGCCCCGCCCCCUGCCGUGCACGCGACCGCGGCCGCGGCCGCGGCCGCGCGGCGGCGCCGGCCCCUCCCGCUCUUCCGUUGCGUUAUCUCGCGCUCGCCCUCUCGGCUGAGGGAGAAGUGGAGACCGUCAUGGCGACGUGGCGAGUUGCUCUCGGUUUCAGCCUCUGUCUGCUGCUGUCGGUGGCCGUUUUGGGUGAGGAUUGUCAGGCAUAUAUAGAUCGUCAUGGCAAGGCACAACCUGCAAAAUCCUGUCCCAACUUCUGCUGUGGAGAUUGCAUGCUUCAAUACUGUUGCUCUGAUAUGUUAUUAAAAUUUGAUGAAGAACAACAAUUUCAGUGUACUCUGCUUGAGGGAAGGACCUCUGACUCAAGCAACAUAAAUUACAUGCAUGUUUUUUCGGACCCUGAUGAUUACAUUUCUUCUGGCCCCAGUUUUGGAACCCUUGUUGCGAUUGGAAUUACUGUUUGUGCGGUGAUUGUAGUGACUAUUAUUCUGUGCCUCACCUGUUCGUGUUGCUGUUUGUAUAAAGCAUGUCGAAGACCACGGCCUGUUGUGGCCACCACUACUUCCACUACAGUGGUUCAUGCUCCCUAUCCCCAACAGCAGGGAGUGCCACCCAACUACCCAGUAGCUCCCUAUCAAGGAUAUCAGCCUGUGGCUAUCCAGCCACAGCGAAUGCCGGUAGCACCGUACCCUGCACAGUAUCCUCCCCCUUACCCCAUGCAGCCGUCGGGACCCCCAGCUUAUCAUGAAACUCUGGCAGCUGGUGCUGGAGCACCUUACCCAAUCACCCAGCCCCCUUACAACCCUGCUUAUGUGGAUCCUCAGAAGCCUACCUAUUGAAAAGAUCUUCUAUGCUUCUGCAGACAAAACUUUUUAAAGUAUAAUUUGUGCUGUUUACACUGUAUGACUGUAGUAUAUUUUUCUGGAAGACAGCAAUCUUUUUGUCUAAGUAAAGUGAAAGUUAAUUCAGUACCUUUUUUUUUAAAUGCUCUGAGUACAAGGAAGGAGUAUUUUUCUUGCAGAAGUUGUUAAUUUAUACCUCAAGCAAAUACAAAAAGAGAUUUUGUUCUAUUCACAACAAGAAAAGUAUGAAGAAGGAGUACUUAAGAAAUAAGAACCACAAUAAUAUUUGCUGUGCAAUAAUUUUGAAAGGAAUGGUCUAAUAUGAGCAUUAUCAAACACCCAAAGCUGUAGCAAUCUUUUGCACAGUAUUAAAACAUAGAAACGUAAUCUCUAAGAAACUACCUGAUAUAUGUUAUGUAUGUUCUGCCUAUUUUGAAGUUGUUAUUGUUAGGUAAACUACAGUGUAAUACAUUUCAUUUACUAUUCAAAAGGGAAUUUUCCCUUUUGAAACACAUUUACUUCAGUAAGGGGUAGAAAACCACAUUUAAUUGUCUGGACUAGUUGUAUUUUUCUGUGCUAAAUAGUGUGAGUUGAUACUUUCUUUGUUUUCUUUCCCAAUUUUAAGGCUUAAAAAACUGUGCCUUCAUUGGGUGUUUUCUCAGGCCAUUUUAAUUUAUAGCUGGAAAUUAACAACCAAACCAAACUCUGCCAGUUGCUAGAACAAAAUAGAUCAAAAGCUGAAAACCUGAGAUUUCUUCAUAAAAAAUAUUGGACAAGUAUAUUUAAGUCAUAUGUUGUUGAUGACUUUGAAAGAAAAAUUAGCACCUUAAUCAUAUGUUAAGCAAAAGUACCUGCCAGUGUUCAGUCCUGCCUCAUCACAGGGAAGGAAUUUAUUUUACAGGAGAGAUGGGAUGUCAGAAAUAGAUUGGGGUUUUUAAAUGCUUAGGGUUUGUCACUGUCUGUAGUGGGAAGUGUACACAUCAGGAACCUAGGAAUGAUAAAUCUUUAUAAGCAGUCAGCAUUUGAAUAAUAAUGGGGGGGGUGUGGAAUAAGAAAUCCCAGCCCAACACAGAGUAGAGAUUAAACCUCCCUUUAGUCUUCAACAUUCCCAUAAAGCUGAGCAGAGAAUGAGAAGUCAGGAAGAAGAAGAGUGGUAGGAUUUGGUCCUGGUGAGGUAAUGUAUUUUCAAGAAGGUAGAGCUUGCAGUCGUGAAACAUCUUGAGACAUCCUCAUGACUGUUACCGGUGUUUACAAGGCUUUUGGCUCUGUAUACGUUGUAUUGAUCAAAUGAAUCAUCAUUAUUUUAGUGUCCUCUACAAGUCUGUCUUUUCUAACAUUGAAAUACAAUUUGUUAUUCCUCAGUAGAGCUAUCUGUCAUACACAGUACAUAUCACUGUGACAUAAUUAGUGAAAUAAUUUUGACAUGUCACAUACACUGAUGUUACUUUUUUGGAGAGGCCAUUAAGCCAUUUGUCCUGUGAGUCUACAUUUGGGGCAUAUUACUGUUUGAAAAACAUUGAUGGUGGCAUUGUUUUACCUCAUAUGAUGGACGGAAAUUGCUGCUGUCAAAGGCAGCCUGAUUUUUGAGUCUAUUUCUGUUUUUUUUUUUUUGUUUUUUUUUUUUUUUUUCAAGAAUGUCUUUAGGACAUUUCAGAAGAAACUUGUAGGAAAUUGAUAUCAUUGGGAUUCAUGACAGCCUGUGCCCCCUCUGUUACACCUCUCUGAGUGUUGAAGUUAAUAGCAUGAAAUGGUGCCAAGAGGCACUCACAGAGCAUGCAUGGCCUGUAUCUGUGUGUUCCUCCUCUUUUAUGCCUUGUAAGUCGAGAAAUUGGGCAAUGCUUCAUUACGCUGUUAGGAGUUAUGUGAGAACGACCAAAAACGGAGAGUGCCUCCUGUAUGGAGGAUGAAGUGUUUCCCUAGAAAUCUGGAAUUUUCAUGUGUAGGAGGGCACUGAGUAACUGCAGACAUAAUUCCCUUGCUAUAGAUCCUCUCCCUGUGUGUUAUUCAUAUAGAAAGAGGGCAGAGACUAUACCAGCACCUUUGCUGCCCGGAUGGAGUCUGGCAAGUGAGGUGCAGCCAGCCAGCACAGCUGCUGUGCAGCACUCAGAGCACAGGUACAAUAUUCUAGUGCUGGGCUUCGUGAGAUUGUUACUCUGCACUGCUCUUCCUUUCCUCCCUCUGACGUGAUAAGGCCUACAGUUCAUGGAAGUGUUGGUAAGGUUAUGUUUUGGUUAUGAAAGGAAAAUCUCUAAUUUCAUGAGAAGUUGGCUCAGUCCUCUGCCAUCAUCCCUAAGGAAAAGAUAGUAGGAAAAUAAAGUGGCAACAAUUACAGAGGUCCCCAAAUGCGAAGUUUUGGUGUAGAUGUUACACAGACCAAAUAAAUUGCCCUGAACACUGUAUGUGGAGCAGUGGGAGAUGAGGGAUAGGGUUAGGGAGCCUGAAAAUUUACACCUUUCCUGCAGUGAACACAUGCUAAUGAUAACUAUAUACAAGUGAAAAGACUAAUCAUUUAUAUACAAGGAACUACUUUAGUAGUAGUAUUACUAUUUCAGUUACAAAACUUGUUGAAGGGAGAGAAGAUGGUCCACUUGCUUCAUAAUUGGAGCACUUAAUCAGAUCUUCUCUUAGCGUGUUAAUCAUCAUUAACAAUAAGGCAUAGGACCAAAUUUUAUUUAGUUGUUGCCAGGCAUCCAAUGAAACUUGUUUUCACGUAGUUAGGAGAAUGGGAUGGUUAUAGAAAAGAUGGAGAUGUUGAUCCAUAGACUUUUAGUUUAAGCACUGCUGAUGUAUCAGUCCAAGUAGCUGUUGCCUUCAUGUCAAGCUAGUUAUCCACAGUGCUGUAGGGGAGGGGAAAUGGAAUUAAAAUUUCAAAUGUUGAAAGAGUAUAUGUUAAUUUUUUAAAUUCUGUAAGUGCCUUUGUUUCAGAAAUGUUUUGUGAAAAUAAAUACAGUAGAAUAUUCUGUUGUACUGAAUUUACUAGAUAAUCAUUGUUGAUUUUAUUACAUACUGUAAUCUAGCUUUGUAUGUUGUUUGUAGUUUAAAUGUAAGUAUUCAAAAGAAAUGGCAUAAACUCUAUGCACCUUUGUAAUAAAUGCAGUGUUUGAAGAAUAUUCUAUCAAUUUUGUUUUCUUAGCCUGAAUUUGGGUAUUAUUAAGGAGUGUAUAUGAAAAACUGCAUUUUACUUCAUUUUGUUUGACAGCUAGUGUUACCAAGUGUACUUUAAGUCACCUUGUGUCACGAAUAUCACUUUUGGUAGUGGAGGUUGAAGCCUAAUCGUAAUUAGAGGUCACAACAUAAAGCAAGAACAAUAUAAGCUCCUGAAUGUUGUUCUGACAGUUUGCUUCAAAGCUAUUCUAAAAGGAUUGUUCCUAAGGCCUUUUGUAGCCAACGGAGUAAAUUAAAUGCAUGAAGUUUGAAUGCAUUAGCUAACAUAUCCCAAGAGAUUUGAAAAGUCUAGUGUAGACAAGAUGGUAGACUUCAAAGUCAUCUGUAACUUGAUUAAAGCUUAGUAUCUUCUCAACAUGUA